AGCUGAUGGUGAUGGGCGGGCUUGUUUGACAAGGAAGAUACAGGAUCGAUACCAGGUAGAAUUGAAAACAAAAAAACGAGAACGCGCUCCCUCGCGUGGUCCGUGAUCAAAUAAAGCAGACCGGUACUAGCUGUUGAGUUCGGGUGGUUGGCCCGCUCGCAGCAAUGUUGAUACACAAAAUAAGAAGAACCAAGGUUAAGAGCGAAGAAGUCGAACCGGCGUCGUGAGGCUUGUUCUGCAUUUUUCGCAGGCACCACACGAAUUCUUAGGGUCCACUAGCUAAGCCGCGAUGCCGCCGCCGGCUGCUGGGAUCGGGAUGCUCGAGGGCGGCAAUUCGCCUGCCGCCGUCUCGGUGUCGCCGCCGCUCUCGAUGAAGAAGAAAGCCAAAAUGACUCCCUCGGAGGUGAUCGCGAAGCACCAGAACCGGGGUGCACAGCGCCAGUUCCCGCACGCAGAGGAUCCAAGCAGCAUCAAAAUUGUGCAGUUUCUCAAUAUGGGCCUGUACACGCACCACGAGCAGAGCUCCGUGCCCGUGGGCGAGCCGCUGUUCCGGCCCAACCCGCCGAUGAUUGAGUUUUCCGAUUACCGGGCCUUGCGUACGUACGAAACGCAGCUUUUUCUGCGCAACCAGGACGACGUGGCCCGCCGCUGCAAGGUGUUCCCGCCGGAUUCCGGCUACUUCGAGGUGAUCCCGUCCAAGAAGAACCGGGACAAGGUGGCGCCCGGCAUGGAGAUCUGCUACACCAUACGAUUUAAGCCCGAUUCCCGCCAGGACUAUUCCUACGACCUCACCGUCGUCACCGAGCGGGAAAAGUUUGUCGUGCCCAUCCGAGCCCUCGGAUUCCACGCGCUGCUUGAUUUUCCGGACGUUGUUGACUUCGGCACGGACUGCCCAGUUCGGCUAGAGUCUACCAAGACGGUACUGAUGCGCAACGUGGGAGAAAAGGCCACACGCUUCUGCUUUCAGGUAGCGCCACCAUUUUCGGUCUCCAUCGCAGACGGCUACUUGGACCCAGAUUCAACGCUUCAAGUCCAGAUCCACUUCAAGUAUAAUUCUGAAGCUUCUUCAUUUUUUUCGUGCCCUACUAACUUCUUCACUGUCAACAUGUCUGUGCAUCUCAUCAACAUCUGGCGUGUAGUGUACGUAAGUGAAUCUAUGCGCAGGAGCGCAGCUAGCGUAGCGCACGCUCAACUGAAUACUUCUUUGCCUGCAGAACUGCGUUUAGUUUUUUUGCAAUUAUUUCCUUUUUCUCAGGCCCGACCGCAGCGACACGGACUACGAGAGGGAUUUGGUCCUUUGCUACGGCGACUCAGCGCCGGUGGAGGCGUGCACGAAGCUGAGGGGGCGCGGGUGCAACCUGGAUAUUCAGUUUGAAACCAGGAACGUGCUGCUGCACGACACCUACAUUGCCCUGAUGUCCCAGGCCACGGUAGACAUCAUCAACAACAGCGAUCACCCGGUGGACUUUUCAUGGCGGGCCUUCGGCAACGUCGAGGAGGAGAUCCAGCAGAAAUUGAAGCUGGGUGUGCAGCUGAAGGAGGAGGAAACCGAGGAACAGUUGUUCGUAGAACAAAUGGCGUUAGAGUUGCCGCAUCACGUACUGAUAAUUACUUCGUCAUGUUGCAUUUCUCCUAACGUGCAGCGCGUUGCACGCCAAGUGAAAUCUUGAAACAAAAUACAAAGACCGAGCACAGCGCAUACUAGCGCCAUACUAGUUCGUGUAGGUCCCGCAUCGAAUAAUCGGCAAAAAUCCUUUUUUACCACCUCCACCCGUACUUCAGGAGGCUGACGGCGAGGAAUCGGACGACGACAACCGGCCGGAUAUCCUGAGUAAAAACAUCCCCACCCCAGAGUUGUCAUGCAGAUCUGCGAGCACGCGAGCAUUUGUAAUGCGUAUCCCCAUGAUAGGCAUUUCCGAUCGUGUUUUGGAACGUGUAAUUCUGUAACCAGGAUAAGCAUAUGGAUUUGUAAUGCGACUUCCCUUUCUAAACUGCACUACACUACAGCCUGCAGUUUUUCAUGCGGGGCUCCCAAAACUUCAAGGUUUGUGUUGCAAAAUCCCCAUCUUGACUCUGGUAUGGGGACGUUUUUACUCAGGAUACCGGAGAAGCGGGGCGCCGCCCAGUUGGCCGCGUUGAAGCGGAAGUACGCCAAUAUCGCGAAAGCCGUUCUGGAGGACCCGAUGUACUUCUACGACACAAUUUUCGGGAUUGAGCCCCUUUCCGGCAGAAUAUGGGCCAAGAGCAAGCUGACGGUGACCAUUUCGUUUUCGCCGAAGUCCGCGCUGCACUACCACUGUCUCGCGUACUGCAGCAUCGUGGGACAGCAGGAGCGAAUUCCGGUGAAGCUGACCGGGCACGGCAUUGGCCCCAAGGCGGCCUUCUCCUACGACGAGAUGGACGUCGGCGACAUAUUUGUCGAAAGUAUGCACCGAUACGAGGUCGACAUUGUCAAUCAGGGCGACAUCGCGGUCAACUACGAACUGGUAUGAUAGGUCGUGUUUAUUCGAUUGCGUAUGCGUUCGGCGACCUUGAGUUUGAUCCUUCACGAGCAGUAUGCCUAGGUCAACGGGGUAUGGACAGCGGUACAAGCAUACAGCGCCGACUGCGCACCAUUUUCGAUCCUCCCUGCUCUUGAUAGCUAAAACUCCAUAUACCUUUUCCAACCCACUCCCACUCCGACCCGCACCUGGUCGUUAUCUGAUUAUCAUAUUUUUAUUUGAUUUUUCCGAAACUACAUCAGAUUCCGAACACGUCUCCGUUCGGAAGCAAGUUUUCGUUCACGCCUGCUUCCGGGCGGUUGGAGGUCGACGGGCAAGAAACGCUGCAGAUCGACUUCUGCCCGAACAUUCUCGGGGAGUUCCACGAAACUUUUAACUGGGAACUGAGUUCGAACAACAAGGCCGCGUGCGUGAUCCCGAUUUCGUUCAAGGGUAACUCCGUCUGUCCGACCUUCCACUUCGACAUGGACCGGAUAAAUUUCGGUACCGUGUCGUUCGGUUUCCUGAACUGCAAGACCAUCACGCUCUCCAACGACAGCGAAGUCACCAUGCGGUAUGCCUUGAGAAUACCGGGGGACGGCAGAUUCUUGCAGAAGGAGUUUGACGUAAUCCCUAGCAAGGGCGUGCUCUUGCCAAACUGCUCCCAGAAAAUACAGGUAGGAGAUCUCAUCUUCUCGGUGAUAGACAUAAACAUGCAUAGCUGAUCGAAGUAGAAGAGCGUAAUCAAUGCAACCGUGGUAGUGAAGACAGUGACUGCUGAUGCUGAACACACCAAAAAUUCUAAAUCACUUCUCCAAAAAACAGAUCGACUUCAUCAGUGCUCAGGCCAAUCCGCAGAAGGCAUAUGAUCUUGCCUUGGUAGUGGAUCUCGAUGGAGUCGGGCAGGAGCUGGGUAGCGUCCCGAUCACUGCGAAGUACCAAUUUUUUGUAAUCGCCGAAGUAGAAGAACUAGUAGUUUUUUGCAAUCCGUUUCGUGUCUCUUACCAUUCCUUCUUUAUUUGCUUCCAUGUGCAUCUGAAGUUCGUUGUCAAUAAGUGACUGUGCUUUGCUUACUUACAUGCCGAGAUGCAUUUUUUCAAGUCAAUUGAAUGACCAACCUAAGGUGCGCUGUCCCGACGGUGGUGUUUGAGCCGUACGAGGCUAUUUCCUUCGGGGAAGUUUUCAUCCGGUACGCGUUUUGCCAGUGCCUGGUCAUGCACAACACGUCUUCCCUUCCCGCAAAGUUCCAAAUUCUGCCGCAAGACGAGCAGAGCAAACAGAUUGCGGAGUUCGAAGCGGACCAGAUGCAGGGCAACGUUCCCCCUGCGUCUUCGCACGUGAUCACGAUCACGCUCAUUGCGAAAAAAAUCCCGAAGGAAACUGGUAUUUGCUCGUGGUCUUCUCGAUGAAUUAUGUGGCAGAGAUGUCAUUGACAUAAGAUGAACCACAAAACCAUCCUACGGGGUAGUGUCGCUUUCUUCGUAGUUUUCUGUCAUGAUGUCAUGCAAAAAAUACUUAUCAAUUUUAUUUCAAUUUUAUCCUCCGCAGCUGGGGGCCAGCCGCUGAGCAUCCCGAUGUACGUGAAGAUUUUGGGCCAGCCGGUUCCGUAUCCCUUCCAGCUGACAGCCAUCCCGAUCGGCCCGCGGGUCGAGGUCGAGACCAACAAGCUAGACUGGGGCAACACGAAGUGCCUGCAGCCGGUCACGAAGACCCUGAAAGUCACGAACAACAGCGUGAUCGACGCUGCCGUGAGGUGCUUCUUAAAGAGCAAGAACAGCCUGUGGAGCGUGAAGCCCAAAAAGCUGCACCUCGCGCCCAACGAGGUGGCCUACUUGCACUUGACAUUAGUGUGCGACGAGAAACAGGCGGUGUCCGAUACGCUGCACCUGGUCGUGCACGAAUCCAACGACAUCAUGGUGGCCGUGAAAGCGAAGGGCACGGGGACGCCGAUCACCAGCCCGGAAGACCUGUCGAAGCUCGAUUUCGGAACCGUGUACGCCACACAGACGCACACCCGCGAGAUCUACGUGGAGAACCGGGGAAAGAAAGCCAGGAGACUGGUUUGGAGCAGCGAGAAACUGGAGGCUCUGCAAAAGUUUCUCGCAAAGAAGCCCAGCGAGGAGGAGGAAAAGUCCGGGAAGAGCAAGCGCGCCAUGGAACUAAAAAUCCAGGAGCUCACCCCGGUGUUCAGCGUGACGCCGGACACGGUGACGCUAGACGGGAAGUCCAUGUACCGGUUCACCUUCACCGCGAUGUCCGCGCGUCCCGGGUCGGUGUCCGAAGUGCUCACGUGCACGGAAUUCGUCGGCGCCAACGACCGCAAGGGCCAGCCGGUCCUGCAGUGCGAACUGCAGGGCGAGUUCAUCGCGCCCCUGCUGCAGUUGAGCCAGCAGUCGCUCGAGUACAAGUUCGAGUGGGAGACCAAGUACGGCUACAGGGAGUUCGCCCCGCUCACGCAGCCGCUGCAGUUCACCAACGUGAGUCCCCUGGACGUGAAGUUCCAAAUCAAGUGCCCCUACCCCUUCCACAUCGACAAAACGGCCCUGACCUUGACGCCGGGGCAGAAGCACACCUGCACGGUGUCCUUCGACCCGAACUACCAAGUGGACAAGGUGUGCGACGUGAACAAGCAAAAGCUGGCCAUCACCUACGCGGACCACCCGCAAAAGGACAGCAUCGACUUGAUCGGCGAGGUGGUGUUCCCGAACUUGGUGUUCGACGCCCUCGCGGUGGACUUCGGCGCCAUUCUGAACAUGACCAGCAAGGUGCAGAGCAUCCGCGUCUCCAAUCCGUACCCGCUGCCGGUCAACUUCGAGUUCACACUCGUCGACGAGGACAGCAUCCGCUGCGACAUGGACGGCAAAAUGGUCGACGUUCCGCUCGGCCAGGUGUUCGACGUCCUGCCGAUCGCGGGCCGCAUCGAGAGCGGCAGCAGCGUGGACGUGCAGUUCACGUAUUUCGGCCUCGGGAACCGGAAAGUCGAGACGCACUUCGUGUGCCUUUGCGACGGCGGCCCGGACUACACCGUGGCGGUCGGCGGGACCGCCAGUGACGUGGAGUAUCGGCUGGACAAAAUCGGCGGCGUGCAGGACGGCAUGUCGGUCGGCGAUAUCUUGUUCACGCAAACCGUGGAACGGGAUCUGUGCAUCCGGAACAUGGGCCAGGUGCCGUUCUACUACAGCGUCGACAUGACCACGUUGAAGCGACCGCUCUGCGUCGACAUUUUCCCGCAGACGGGGCUGAUCCACCCGGAAGACAAAACGUUUUUGAAAAUCCGAUUCUGCCCGGGCAUCCCGGACUACGUCGAGGAGCACGUGCUGAUCGCGGUGGCGCACUACGAGCCCAUCAAGUUCAAGAUAAACGGCACGGGGAUCUUCCCGAACCUGGUGCUGGAACUGGAGCGGGCGGAGCGGGAGACGCAUCUGAUGAAGUUGGAGGCCGCGCGGGCCGUGGUGCAGAAGCAGCAAGACGAAAUCGUCGACGGUGUCACGGCCUUGGUGCCGGGAGACAAGAAGAGCCGGUCGAAGAAGGGCAGCUCCAGCAGCUCCGGCGCGCCCGACAAGUCCGGAUCGGGGGAGUCCAACAGCGAGAGCAACCGCCCGCCGUCCGCCAGUUCCAAGGGCUCAGCCAAGAAAUCCUCGAAGCAGGAAGUCAGCAACGGCACGCCGCGCAGCGGAACCGCAGUCGCGGUCGCGAACGAGCGGAAGCAGCUGAUGCUGAAGCUGGAGAGCGAGGUCGACCGGCAGCACCUGUGUCAGAUCCUGUUGCAGCAGGAAGAGGAACUCUUCCUGCAGCAGCGCGCGGCACCGCAGGCGAGCGGCAGCAAAAACAAGGGGAAAAAAGGCAAGAAGAAGGAGGCCGGAGUCGUCGCCGCGAGCUACGUGUGCGACUUCGGCUACAUUAUUCUGGGGCAUAGCAAAAAGAAGAACAUCAUCCUGCAUAACGUGUACCACGACACCGUGCAGUUUGAGAUCAAGAAGAAGGAGCUGGAAGCCUACGGCUUUCUCGUGGAGCCGGCGAACGCCAAAACGAUCCCAGCACUCGACAAGAUCACCCUGACGUGCGAGGCGUAUUCCGCCAGCCCGGAGGAGGAUGCGGCCACCGCUGUUGCGAAGGGUGGUAAGGACGCCAACGACCCGCUAGUGCAGGGCGAGGGGCCGGUUUCCUUUUCGUGGAAGAUUCCGGUCAAGAACGGACCGCAGUACGAAGUGCACUUGAAAGCGUUCUUCGUACUGCCAGAGAUCGUGGUGAGCAACGAGUUCAUCGACUUCGGCCGCGUGCUCGUCGGGCAGAAGAAGAUCAUCACCAUCUCGAUUAAGAACAAAAAGCCCGUACCAAUCGAGUGGAGCUACAAGACGCCCAAAGCGUCGGGCGGCAAGCCGUUGCCCAAGUGGGAUACGGUCUUCACCGUCACACCCGACCACGGGGUGCUGCACCCGGACGAGGUGCAGUGGGUGGAAAUUGCCUUCACACCAAACUCUGCAAAUUCCUACAAGCAGAAGCUCGGUACACUCUUCGGUUUUCAUUUUAUUAUUAUUUCUGAAAUUGCCGCGGAGACGAUGCAUCAAUCUAUGCGGCGAGCUCUAGUUGUAAGCUGCAUACCCAUAGUUGCCUACUUUACUACCUCUUGUUUGCCUCGGCCUCUUGGUCCUCGUUUCGUACGCGCUCUCAUGUCUCAUGACUCGUUGCUUUUUCAAGAUAAAAAUAGGCCAAGUACCAAAUAAACAGGUUUGAAGGUGAAGGACAAUCCGCACAAGAAGAUGCUGACGUGCAACGGGCAGGGCGACAUGUUGAGUUUGAACGUGGACCAAAAAGAAAUCAAGCUCGACCCGGUUCUGCCGUACUACGAGCGAAGUUUGCGCGGCAUCUAUCUGGAAAACCCCACCGACUACCCCAUCACGGUCUACAGCGCCGACUUUGACGAGCAGUACCGGCUCGAGGAGCAGAUGCUGGAGAUCUACGAGCACGACCCGCUCUACAAGUACUCCGAGUUUCCGCUGCGGUCCGACAUGUCGGUGACGUGGCCCGACGUGAUCGACACGUGGAACCAGGAGCAGAAGCGAAAAGAGCACCAGGACGUCCGAUUGGCCCGAAAGCAGGAGCGCGACGACGAGCUGCUGCAGAAGAAGCAGGACAACGACACGAACGCGAUGAACACGACGGGCGGCAAGGAGAUCGCCAUCGUGGAGCUGCAGAAGCAGUUCCUGACGAAGGUGCAGGAAUUCUGGCAGAGCGAGUGGCUGUUUUUGAAGGAAGAGAAUUUGGACCCGGAAGAACUCGAGGAGGAGCCGGACAAGCUCCCGUGGGAGUGGUUCCCGGACGAAAUUCCCACCAUGGAGGAGCAGAACGACUACUACCUGUGGCUGUGGGAGGAAGCCAACGAGGAUCACGACGGGCGGUUCGUGCGGGAUCCUGUGUGGGACCCGAAGAACAUCAAGCCGCUGAUGUGCCAGAAGCCCGUGAUCAAGACGGAGCGCGACUACGAGGUGGCGGCGAUGCUGGAUCUGGGUCUGGAGGAGGACAAGUUCCCGAACCGGGUCCCGCAAAAGUUCCGCGAGAACGUGGUGAUCCACGGGCCGCAGCGCUCCGGGCGCACGAAGUGGGCCAACCAGAUUCACGCGGUCAGCCAGCGGGGCUUUCUCUCCAUCGACGAGUGCGUGGACUGGGCGGUUUCAGGCAGCGCGAAGGGCCUACUGGACGAGGAGUUCGUCGACAAGGUGCGGGCCACGAUGACGGAGCGGGAGCAGCUGUGGGAGACGGAUCCCGCGGCGAAAGCGGAGUACGAGGCGAAGAUCGCGCACAAGAGCAUCCUCUUGUCGCACGACAUCAAACCUCCAGCCGACGACGCGGCCGCGGCGGCGUUCCCGACCUACGACCUGGACCCGGAGGUGGUUGCGCAGAUCGUCAAGAAGCGGCUCGCGCUGUGCGACUUCAACACCGGUUUUAUCUUGAACUCCUUCGAGGCGUCCAUCAAGUACCUCACGCCGGAGAGCGUUUUGCAGGUGCUGUUCCUUCUCGACGAGCGGAUUCGGUUCUUCCUGAUGGAACCGAGCCACCGCUCUCCCGAGCAGGACACGGGAGGCAUGUCGGGAAACGAAGCAGACAACAACCCAGGAGAUGUUGCGGGCGGUGCAGCGGAUGAAAACAAGGUCGCCGACGAGGAGCUGGACGAGGAAGCGAAGGAGGCGAAGCGCAUUGAGGUGUUUGAGGCCGAUCUGCAGGCGUUUUUAGACUUGCGACAGGCCGAGAUCGAGAAGGACGCGGAGAGUUUGCAGGCCGAAAUGACGGCGCUGGAAACCAAGGUGCAGGACAGCUCGGCAGAUGAAGAUCACGGGGACGAAGACGAUCUGGCGGUACUGCAACAGCGGUUGGAAGCCGGCAAGGCGGAGCUGGAAAUUUUGAAGAAGAUCAAUGUGCCCGCGAAUCGCGAGUGCUUCGACUUCUACAGGCAACUGAUUGCGGACACGAUCCAGCCAGUGAACGCCGUGAAGCACGCGGAGUUCCAGAAGCUGGCGCUCGAGCAGCAGAAGAGGCACGCAGCGAAAGCGGGCGCGAAGGCCAGGAACAAAUCCCAAGGGGCGGAAUCCAGCAAGGGCAGCUCGCCUGCGCACAGCCAGCAUUCCGCGUUGGCAAACAUGGAAUUUCAGGACUUCCACCUGGUUUCGGUGUACCCGCUUCCGUACGACAAGGAGAGUCGGGCUGCGCUGCCGGAGCCCGAGGACAUGAUGCCCGCGCCACGCGUGCCCGAGGACCCGAGGCUGCCGCAGCCCUCGAUGCGGCAAGUUGUGUAUUCGCCGCAGAUCGGUCGCGAUUUCGACCACGAUGAGGCGUACAAGCUGUCGAAGCACAAUUUUUCGAUUCUCACCCCCCUCGACGGGCAGCCGGAGCCGCUCGUUGUGGAAGCGCCGCCCGAGGACCAGAAGCUGGAAGCGGUAGAGGAAGCAGGCACUGCGCUCGAGGACGGGACUGCGGGGGACGAAAACCAAAAUGUCGAAGAAGCUCCUGCUGCGCCGACAGAAGAUGCCGCUGCUGGGGAGAACGGAGAAAUCGAGCCUGCGGCGCCACCAAAGUCAGAAGAGGAGCUUCUGGACUUGGCACAGUGCUCGACCACGCAAACCAGGUGGGUGAUUCCGCCCCAGUCGAAGGUGAAGAUCUUCGUGAAAUUUUUCUCCGACCGUGUGGAAGAAGUCACCGGUCGGCUGCACUUCGAGGUUGUGCAGGGCUACAACUACUUGCACAACGAUGCGAAGCUGUUCAAGGAGCUGCAAACGCACAGCUUCGCCAUCAUCGAGUCAAACGAUGCGCUGGAGGAAGCUAACAAUGAGGACGCCGCGGGCGACAAGUCGCCGGCCAGCAAUCCGCCCACGGGAAAAUCGCCGCAGAACAAGAAGCAAAACCUGGCCAACCACCCGCUCGCGUUCCAGAUGCCGCUGCCCCCGGUCACGCUGUGCCGGGCAAUGGUGACAAUAUCCGGCGUGACCGCGUUCCCGCACAUCAACAGCAACCCCGCGAACCUGUUCAUGCGCCGCAUCCGGCUCCGACCCCAGCCUCCGAUCUACGUCAGUCGGCAGUACAUCAGCAGUCGCGACCUCUACGAGUUCGGACCGCUGCUUGUCGGCAAGGACGCGGAAGCGCGGCAUUUGUUCACUCAGGAAAUGCUGCAGGUGUCAAAACGACUCGCCCUCGGGCUGGACCGGCAGAUCGCGGAGCGCGAAAACACUGGCUACGUUUUCAGCGCGUUUGACGGUUUGACGACAAAAUCUACGAGCACGCGGGAGUCCUGGCAAGACCAGUCCUCGACCGCGACGGGCGAGGAGGUUGCCAAGAAGGUCCCCCUCACCGAGGAGGAGCGCGCCGAGCGCCGCGCGGCCAUGAAACUGGAACAAGAAAAGGACAACCAGCUGUUUUUCCUACGCAAGCACGUCGAGCGGUUCCGGAUCACGAACAACAGCUUGUUCCCGCUGCGCGCUUUUUUCUGUCUCGCGUCCUCGCAAACCGUGGAGGGCACCACAGCAUCCGUCGCGGAAAAGUUGAAACAGGCGAAGGAUUUGAUCGCGGGUCAGGAGUCCGUGACGCCCGAGACGUACGAGGGCCUCGUGCCGACGGUUGAAACCGCGCUGCCCUUCCCAAAAGCCGACUUCUCGACCUACCCCUUCUGCGUCACGCCAGAGGUGCUGGAGCUGCAGCAGGACGAAACGCGGGAGGUCACCGUGUGGUGCUUCCCGACGACGGAGGGUACCGUGGCGGACAAAUUGGUCGUGACCAUCGACGACAACCCGGAAUGCACGGUGAUCCCCCUGACCGCCACCGGCACGAUCCCGAAACUGGAGGCGUCCGCGGCGUCUAUGGAUUUCGACAAGCUGAUGCUGCGGCAGAGCGACGUGCGGGAGGUGACGCUGACGAACCCGGGGUCCGUGAAUGUCUUCUGGAAGGUGGACAACAAGUUCGGCAAGGACGUCACACCGAUCGACGGCGAGGACCCGCCGCCCGAGCCAUCGCCGGAAGAACUAGAGUACACGGUCCCGCCCCAGUUCACUGUCGAGCCAAAAGAGGGGAUUCUCACACCCGGGGCAACGGUGCGCGUGAAGGUCGUUUUCAAAGCCACCAAAGCGAACUUCUACAACUUUAAGCUCCGCUUCGCUCUCCAGGACACGGAGGGUUUUUACUCGAGCGGUCUCGCGAAGCUCGAGCAAGAAAAUCCACGAGGCGAGGAGGCUCCCAAGAUCCAGCACUCCGCGGUGGAGCUGCCUCCCUGCGAAGUAGAGGUUUCCGGCGAGUGCUUCGAAGUAGACGUCGGGGUGGUGUUCCCGCCACCCAACGAGCGCGGUCUGGACUUCGGCAGUCUCCGGGUCGGCGAAACCAAGGAGGAGCAGUUCGAAAUCGUGAACCAUGGCAAGUAUCCGUUGAAGUACGAGCUUAAGAUCAAAAAGCGGUCCAUCAUGGAAAUUCUGUCCAUCAAGGACGAGGUGGGCCGGGCGGUGGAGAUCGCGCCGGACGAGCGCCGGGUGAUCAAGGUCUCCGCCGUUUCGUUCCGCGAAGUGAGGAUCGUUGACGCCCCGGAGCUGCAUUUGAAGAUUUUCGAAGCCCGUUCUAUGGAACGCGUCGAGCCCGCCAUUCCGCCUAUCCGACUGUCCGUCCAGGCGGCGUACAACGCGUUCACCGUGACGCCACCGCGCGGCCUCAAUUUUGGUCCGGUGAAAUCGGGCGCCGACCCAAAAACGCGAACGUUCGAAAUCCGAAACGACGGUGUGUUUGCCUUCGAGUGGGCCUUGGUCGACUUGAACCAGAUCAUGCAGGACCCCAGCGUCACGGAGGUGGCGGCAGCCGCGGAGCGAUCACCCAAGGGCGGGAAGUCGCCGCGGUCGCAGCGCGGCAGUCCGCGCAGCCCGGGGAGACAGAAGGUCGAGCGCUACGUGGACCCGAGCGUGCUGGCCCGACCGCCGGGCGAGUACUUCAAGGAUACCGUGCAAAUUGGACCGUUCGAGGUAUCCCCCGCGAUGGGCACUUUAGAUCCGGUCGCCGAAGACGGGGAGAAGUCCACGGCGAAGAUUACCGUAAAGUUCGUGGCUAACGGGGAUCGCGACGAGGACAAGAAGCUCGGGCUCUGGGUCGCCGGCGUGGAGCCCAACAUGGCGGACCAAAUCCGCGUGGGGGACAUCAACGCGUUGGUUUACCUCCUGACCGCGCAGUCCUGCGUACCUGCAAUUGACACGAACAUGCAGUGGGUGUUCGAAGAGCAGUACGUGGCACGCAACCUCGAGGACGCCAUUGCCACCGCCGGUCGGGUGGACAUCCGGUGCUACGCGGAGGAGGAUCGGGUCUUCAGCUUCGGUCCCUGCCUGGCCGGCGGGGCAGAACCCCAGAAGGAACGGCUGCGAAUCACGAAUCCGCGCGGAAUUCCAUGUGAGGUCAACAUUAGCGUCAAGCCGCGAUCCGCAGCGGGCGAUAAGGACUUUCCAUUUGAAAUCCAGCCCGCGCAGCUGGUCAUUCCGCCGCACGAGCACCGGUACGUUACCGUGUCCUUCGCCCCACCGCAGCUGCAGACGUAUUACGCCAUUUUCGAGGCGAAGGUCACGGACGGAACAGACCCGCGCAGCAACUACUUGACGUUCGAGAUGCGCGGCGAUGGCACGGUGCCGAGUAUUACGCUCGAAGGCGUGGACGCUUUGACAGACGGACAGUUUGAUUUUGGCAAGCUGCAGCUCGGUCGCGAGCAUCAAAUUCAGUUCCGCCUUCAGAAUGACGGGAUCAUACCCGCGACGGCAAGGUGCGAGAUCCUGAACGAGGAAGGCAUCGCAGUCACGGACACUAUUCCGCACUUCUCCGUGAUCUGUCCGAGCACGAUAAAUCUGGAGCCCGGUAAGGACUAUCAGUUCACUGCAAAGUUCCACCCGUGUGACAUCAGCCCGCCGGAUGAUGGCGUACAGCUCCCCUACUUCUUGCAGAAGUUCCGGGUAUACACAAUCCACAACCCAUUCGAAGACGUGACGCUCGCAUUGAAGGGCGAGGGCUACGUGCAAGAGGUGUGUUGGGACCUGAUGAACCAGUCCGGCCGCGACGACGAGCUUUUGGACUUGGAUUUGUCGCCAGAAAUUUCACCCUUUGACCCACCCUAUCCGCUGAAAGACGGCGGUCGUCAGGCCAAGGUGCGGCCACCCGCGCCCCCGGAUGAGCUCGGGAUCGGCGAGCUUCCGGUGGGCAGUCGCAAGCAGCAGAUUAUCUACCUUAAGAACGGGAGCAAGAAAACGGUGCGGUUCGAGUUUCCCGAGACACUACCCGCGCCGUUCGCGUUGUCCGCCGAGGCGGCCGAAAGCUUCAGUAAUCCGAAUUUGAGGUUUUCUCCGUCCUGCGGGCACGUGCCCCCGGGAUCGAAGAAAAAGAUCGUGGUGCACUUUCAGCCGGUGGAGAAGGUGUCCGCGGACUUGGUGGAGAUUCCGUGCAAGAUCCAGGACAUCGAGUUUUCCACGCCGGACUCCGGCAACGAGAACGAUGACGGCGCAGCAGGAGCUGCGCUUCCCUCCGGAGGCGAGAGCCAGCCCACCAUGCCGUUCUUGCGGCAGACGUCGGAUGGGCGAUCGAUCUCGCACGAGUCCACAGCCGGCGGGAAAAAGCCGUUGCUCGACUGGGACGACAGCAUGACCUACUACGUGACCGAGGAGGUCGACGAGCCCAUCGAGGGCGCCGACCCGUUACCGCUCGAAGACGGUGAGGACCCGGACACCGCGGAGCCGCGCUACCCGACGCAGAAGGUCCGAAGAAAGGUGCAGAAGGUGUGGGAGGAACCGUCGCACGUGGUCCUGCCGAAGAAGGACGCGGAGGGAAACGACACCGAGGAACCGAGCAAUCGCGAGAUGCCGCUGAAAAUCACGGCCGCAGCGGACGAUCGCGGGUUCGAGUGCGAAACCGAGAAGAUCCACUUCGCGCCGACCAUGAUGUUCGGCGCAAAGGUUUUCUCGUUCACCGUGCGCAACUCCAGCAUGAUUUCGCUCCCCUACGAGUGGAAGAUCCACAACCUGCAGAGCAGCAAGAAGAACUACGAGAUCACGCCGAAGAUCGGGAUCAUUCCGACCGACGGCUCUAUGGAGUUCCAGAUCAAGUUUCAGCCGACGGAGGUGGAAGACUUCCGAGCCAACCUGCAGCUGUGCACCUUUCGCCACCAGGUGUUCGGGGACCCGAGCGGCAAAACCUCGCCCGUGUACGUGCCACACGGGUCCGCCAUCACGUCCGACGGCGAUCCGCUCAUCGAUUACCAGGACGGAGAUGCCGAAGUCCCGUUCAAGGUACUUACACCUAGACGAAAUUACCCGUGUUUUGUUCUCUCUUGUUUGUUCUAUGCUUGUAGCUGUUGCUGGAGGUCUUGCUGGCCUUGAAGUUGAAGAACGAGAAUCGGAAAGAACAUUGGUGAAGUGCAGCAGUGCAAUGAAUGUAUGAAGGCUAGUAAAUUUUGAACUUUCAUCUUUUAGCGCUGUUGAUGUUCUAUGUAUCACAGGUGCCGCUGCACACGAUCAGUCUGAACGGCAGCGCGGUGCGACCGUUGUGCCACUUCGAGCUGCCGCCGAGCAACUACCAAAGCGCGACCAACGACGAUCCGAAGUGCAUGAUCAUCGAGUUCCCGCCGUCACUGGGUACGAGGGUGCGAAACACCAGGAGAUUUUACGUUCUGAACCCGACGGGCGAGUCCUACGACUUCAUCUGGACGCAAAAGCAGAAGGAGGGUGGGUCCAACCAGGAGUCGUCCAGCGCCUCGGGCGGGGGCGGGGGCUUGGGCCAACAGGAGGAGCAGGCCGCGGGCAGCCCGUUCCGGUGUCUGACCAAGCACGGGCACAUUUUGUCAGGCAAGAAGUUCGAGAUGGUCUUCGAGUACGUUCCCAUGUCCAUGGGUUCGCACGAGAGCAACUGGGUCUUCCAGGUGAUGGGCAAGGAGGUGGAGCAGACGUUCUUGGUCGUUGGUCACGUGAAGGAACCAAGGGUGGGGUUCCAGCAGCCGUUCUUGAACUUUGGCAGGUUACUUCUGGGCGGCAAGGCCCGCGAGACGCUCUACAUCGUAAACAAGGAGCACAUCCCGUUUUCGUUCAACUUCGACAAGGCCAGCUACGGCCACCAGCCGAAGGGCGUGGAGGCGAACCCGAUGGACACGCUGGUCAAGGCGCCGACCAUCUUUAUCUCGCCCGAACAGGGGGUGGUCGGCCCGAACAGCAGCUUCCCGGUGGAUGUGCUAUUCCGACCCGCUAUCGAGGAGGCCGUGUCCUACAACGUGGUCUGCAAAGUGAAGAGAAAAGAGCAACCGCUCGCACUCAAGGUGAAGGGCGAGGGCUACAAGAUCCACGCGCAGCUCCUGGUCAAGGAGAGCAUGGACCGCUUGCUUCACCCAGGCGUCAAGGAAAUUGUGGACUUCGGCAGCAACCUGCAGGUGCACGAGCGAAGAGAAGCAAAGCUGGUUUUGAAAAACAGUGGCUCCUUCAACUUCGACUUCGUCUGGCAAAUCAUCUACCAGGGCAAAAAGGUAUUAUUUGCUGCGGUUUUUUCUGGUUUUAGGUUUUCAUGUCUGUGUUCGCUUGAUGUGCAAGUUCUUCGACAGAGUUGGAAAGUUAUUGGAGGACAAACCUGUAGCUGCGACAAUGCUCUCAUGAAAAAAAAACACAGCUCACGGACAACGGCUCCACGCAAGCAAGGCGGUCGGCCGCCCUACCACCCUAUUUGACGAUUUCGCAGAUGCAGGGCGUCGCUCCACAGGAGGGAGAAGUAGAAUUUACGGUCGAAUACGCACCACUCGAGAGCCACACGCUCGACGGUUGCAUCCUGAAGCUGCUGAUCCCCAGUGCCAGACAGGGGCCCAACCGCGGGGGCGUGGACGAGAGCUGCUACCUUGUCGAGCUGAGCGGGAGGGCUCGACGACCGCAGGUGGAUUUUUCGUUCCACAACUACGAUUUCGGCUACUGCUUCAUCGACAAGCGCGCGGGGGCCACCGUGGCGGGCGACUCCAUGGGCUCGAAGAAGGACCAGUGCUUCAAAAAGGUGGACCUCGUGGUGACCAACCGCGACGUCUCCGAUUGCCUGCUGUCCACCACCUUCCAGCGAACGCCGUACCUGGACGUGCAGCUGGACCAGAGCAUGAUCGAGGCGGGGCAGAGCAUGGUGGUGCCGGUGAUUUUCCAGCCGCGCGACAGCGUGGAGUACCGGGAACGCAUCGAGUUCAUCAUCAACGACUUCACCAAAUUUUACGUCAACGUGCGAGGCAAGGGCACGCCGCUGAAGCUGGAGUUGGUGUCCAUGGACAUGCAGACCGUGGACUUCGGCGUCACGAUCGGCAACAAGCCACCGAUCCGGCGCGCGAUCAAGUUGAUCAACAAGUCGCCCUGCCCCUGCGACUUCUUUAUCAUCGACCAGGACGACAGGCUCAAGGACCGCUCGGUCAGCUGGCAGACGCCCAUGGGCGGGUCCUCGUCAAGUUCGUCAUUCGCCAGCACGGCGGGCAAGCAGAAAACGUCCAAGGAACUCGCCCGGGAAAACAAAAUCACGCUGCGGCCGAAGGAGCAGUGCCCGAUCGAUUUGUCUUUCAAUCCGCAGUUCCGCGUAGCGCCUUUCAAGUACCCGCUGACGGUGCAGUGCAUCCAGACGGGCGAGACCAUUCACUUGGCGACCGUGUGCGGCGAAUGCCACGCGACGGAAAUCAAGCUCUCCGAGCAUUCCGUGCUGUUCCCGCCCGUGGUGGUGCAGAGCCGCGCGUCGGAGAAGGUGCAUUUGCACAACUUCGGGGACUUGGGGUCAAAAUACAAAUUCGAAAUCCCCGCACGCUUUCAGGACAUCUUCUUCAUCAAGCCGCUGUCCGGGUACGUGGCACCCCACGACGAUCAAGUGCUGGAGAUUUCAUUCUGCCCGAAGCAGGUCGUAGACAGGGACAUCACCUGUGGAAAUAUCGUCUGCUUGUUGGACAACCACGAACCGAUAAGACUCAGUCUCACGGGUAAGUGAUACGCAGCAAAAACAUUGAUUUUGCUACUUUUUGUUUCAGGAAUGGCAAUGUGGCGCGAUUGUGUUUUUCUUUUUGUCUCAGCAUCGUCAUCUGAAUGACAUAGUUUUUUGGUAUGUACUUGCACCACGCGCACGCCGCAACGAGAACAAACUACUCGUCAGGUCGCUGCAUCGCCCAGCCAUCGGACGCCGUGCACACACUGAACUUCCAGACGGAGGUGCGAAAAGAGCAGGUGCAGAGCAUAACAUUCCCGCCGAACGCGGUGAACAUCAGUUCUGCUUGGCGUCUGAAACCCGAGGUGAUGACUAUUUACCCACCAGACCAGACACCGGGCUUCUUUUUCUGCCCGUCCGAGGUGGUGCUGCAGCCCAACCAGACCGCGUCGAUCGACGUGACCUACAAACCAUUGACCAUGACGAAGCCAGACGACGUCCGAGACGACGGCACCGUCAUCAAGGACGUGCACAAGGGUAGCCUCUUCAUCGCCACGCCGGACGGCAAGGCCUACGUCUACCAGUUGGAGGGCCGCGCGGACCCACCGACUCUGGACCAGAGAAUAGAAGUCGAGGUAAGAUCAUCGAAAGAUAGUUAAAGAUGAUCGAAAUUCAUUUUUCUCUUUCUAACUGUCAGUGGGGGUCCUUCAUUUCUCCAGCAGAUGCAGACCACACAAAUCAUUGAGAUGAUCCAAACACUACCUGUUGAUGAUCACAAAAAUUCUGAUCUCAACGUUUUUCAGGUUCCAUGCAAGACGGCGCACGUGCAAGCCAUUCCGCUGCAGAACUGGUUGAACCAACGACAACGGUUCAACGUGAAGCUCACCCUCCUGGACCCAGCACCGAACAGCGAAGAAGCGGACGCCGUAAAGAUUCAGGGCAUCGAGCUGUUCGACCUGCCACCAAAGCUGAAGCGGGACUACAAAUUCCAGGUCUACGCGUUCCGCGUCGCCACGGUGCUGGUGCUCGCGGAAUUCGAGAACCCGACCACGGGCGAGUUCAUGAAGGUCGAGGUGCAGUUCAAAUUCACCGAGCCGAAGUCCCUGGCCGUGAUAAAGUUCGAGACCGCGUGCCGGCAAACCGCGAAGUGGCCCAUCAUGGUGGCGAAUCCCUUGUCCAAACCCGUCACCUUCACGUGCACGUCCACCAUACCCGACAUCUUCUUCGCCCCACACGGACCCUCGUUCGAGGUGCCCGAGAACGGAGAAGUGUACAUGGACGUGUGCUUCCGACCCUCGGGUGGCGAGGGCGAAGGGGAGGGCGAGGUGGUGCUCCAGUGCCCGGAACUCGGCAGCUACCCCUACCAGGUGCAAUACAAGGCCACGCCAGCCGGCAUGGAAAAAUCGCUCGUCUUCAAGGCACCACUGGGGUCGUCGGUGACGGAAACCUUCCGGUUCACGCACCUCGGGAAAAAACCAACCGGCUACACCGCAAAAGUCGAGCUGCCGCAGGGAGGUGGUAUGACCAGGGAUGUUUUUGUUUUUCGGCGACGAUGUUGAAGUAGACGUGCAUGUGCAUCAAUCGACAUUUCUUUUCUGUACUGUAGUUUAAUACUCACAUCCUUUAACGUACAAGUCCCACACGACACUCUCUGUUACCGCAGGCAGCAGUUCCAGCAGCGCCGCGAGUAGGCUGGAGGACUUCCAGAUCGAGACCAAGGACAUCAAGGCGGGUGAGGGUCCGACGGAGGUGCGCAUUGACGUGAAGUACGAACCCAGUGAGCUGGCCGAGAUGCGGGCGGUUCUCGUGGUCACCAGCCCAGAGACCGGCACCGAAUACCGCACCAUGCUGGCGGGCUACUCGCAGCCACCGCAGGCCAAGGGCCCGGUGGUGGUUUCCAAGUCCGCUUCAAUAGACUUCCGAAACCCGUUCAAAGAGGCAGAGGACUUCACGUUUCAAAUCGACAACCCCAACGACUUCGCGCUCAAGGUACCCAACAAGCAGAAGAUCGAAGGAGGGAAGUCCGUGUCCGUUGGUGUUGACUUCACUGGGUCCAGUCCCGUCGGCAGCAGGCUCGUGGUCACGUCGGCGAAGAUCCAGACGCCGUGGAUCUUCUUCCUGAAGGGAGAAUAAGAGUGCUGCUUCUACUAAAGUGCUCCAGGCUUCAGAAAAUCUUCAAACAAGACGAAAACAGAGAAAAAUCUUCAAACAGUAGAGUUUACGCAAAUAGGUUUCUUGAAAUACUUCAGAUCAAUCUUCUCAUUUACAAUCUUGAACAGGAAAAAAUCAUGAAUCUUCGAAAUUGCUAUGGUAUCUAUAUGCUUGCUAGCAUAGCGCUAGACGUGAUUCGCCGAAUCCGAAAAAGAAACUAGUAUGUAAUUAGCUAUCGAGAAAAACGUGAAUCGUGAAAUUUCAGACCAAAAAAAUCCUAGUUUGUUAGUAUCUGUUUGCAUUAGAAAAACCGAGAACGUGCAGAGCUGCAGAGUGGCGUUGCAGUAGGCGAUGGUGACGUCGGCGGAUCCUGGAAGAUUACCCGCGGACGUUGGACAUCGCGUUUCUGCACGUCGCUCAGGCGAGAGCCUGCAAAAACCGUUUCUGUGAAAAUGUUAUGUCAUUCACUUCAAACGUGAACUGAAAAUAGACAAUUCUAGCUUAUCAAGAUCUUUCUUUGGACAAAUUGUGUUACGGAAGAGUUUGUCAACGCUUUUAUUACUAAAAAAUGCAGUUUGAUUCCUAUUCCGUGCGAGUAACUGCCGCACUGUACCUGUUUCUGACGAUGUACACCAUCUGAACGAAUGAAUACAGCAAAACUAUGCAAAUAAUGCGUUGAAAAUUAAUCUUCGAGCUCGCAAUUUAGCAUAUGAGUAUGACAGACUAAGUGUCUCAAGGUCCGGCCUGUUUCCGUUUCCGGGUCAAGGUCUUAGCCUGCCUGUGGCAUGGGAACCAUCAACCGUGGUUGUUCGAUUGUGUGCCUUCGUCGUG